AUGUUAUCAUGUCAACAAUCUCUUCCUCAUUUACCUGUACCACAGCUUCACGAAACAUUGGCGAGAUAUUUACGUUCAUUACAGACACUGAUAGAUGAUAAUGAAUACGAAUCAAACAAACGAAUCGUUCAAGAAUUUGGCCGAGCUGGAGGUGUAGGAGAGAAAUUAACAAGAAUAAUUCAAGAAAAAGCAAAAACACAUGACAAUUGGUUGUACGAUUGGUGGGAGCAUAGUGUUUAUUUGAAUCAACGGAGUUCUGUUUGUCUGAACAAUAGUCCAGCAUUUUUAUUCCCGAAACGCUCAUUUCGAGAUAGGGGCCAGCAAAUUAAAUUUGCCGCUAAGUUGAUCAUAAGUAUCGUCGAAUUUUAUUACAAAAUCAAAAGCGGGGAUCUACCUGUGGAUAAAAUUAGUAAUCAGCCAGCAUGUAUGAUGCAGUACAAUAAAAUAUUCUAUUCCUGUCGCAUUCCGGGAAAAACUGUCGAUAGUAUUGCUCAAUAUUCUCCAGAAUGCGGGCAGCCAGACUUUAUCGCUAUAGCACAUAAUAAUCACUUUUUUGCGAUCGAGGUAGCGAAAAACGAUCAAAUCUACAGUCGAGAGACGAUUGAACAACAGCUUAGUUAUGUAUUUCAAAAAUCAUCGAGGCCUGUACAGCCUAUUGGUGUGCUAACAACAUCAGAUCGAGAUUCAUGGUUCAAGUCUUAUGAGCUAUUGAUGAAAGAUCAGACAAAUGCUCAGUCAAUUAAGAAGAUUCAAAAAUCGAUGUUUAUGUUAUGUUUCGAUCAAAAUAAUUCUGGUUUAAAUACUGUACGAUCGCAUCUCUUCUUGGAUGAUGGAGAUGGUAGCCGCAAUGCUUCAUAUGGACAAAUGCUGCAUGGAGGGGGUAGUACAAAAAAUUCAGCCAAUCGUUGGUUCGAUAAGACCCUGCAGUUUAUAAUAAACUCUAAUGGCGAUAAUGGUUUAAUUUAUGAACAUUCGGAAUGCGAUGGAGCGCCAGUCCUGAAUUUGGUCGAUUACAUGCUUUCUCGUGAUAAUAUGACUAAAAAUGAAUAUAAAGACACCGGUAGUAAUAAUGUCGCUGUAAAAGAUUUAAAUUUCAAUAUAAGCAGUAAUAUCAUCGGGCCUAUCAAGGGUUCUAUUCUGAAGAUUGAUAAACUGAUUACCAACUUGAAUUUGCGAUCAAUUAAUUUUAAAGAUUUUGGCGAAAACUUUAUAACAUCGCAAUCUUUGAGUCCUGAUAGUUUCUUUCAAAUAGCAAUGCAAAUAGCAUUCUUCAGAAUUCAUAAUCGGAUAGCCUGUGCACACCAAAUUGUAUCAACUAGGCUAUAUCUUCUUGGUCGAACUGAAACUAUACGCCCUAGUACACUGGAAGCUAAGGCUUUUGCUGAAGUAGCUUUUUCUAAUAAUGUCGAAAUAUCAGUAAAACGUAACUUGUUAAAGCAAGCAGUUAUGGUACACGAAAAAUUCAAAUCAAAAGCUAAUCAGGGGCAGGGUUGGGAUAGACACUUUUUAGGAAUGCAGAUGGCAGCCAAAGAAAACCUAUCUAAAAUGCCGAAGUUGUUUACAAGUUCAGGAUUCAUUAGGAGUUCUUAUGUUGAAUUAUCGACAAGCCAGAUACCUUUUAAGCAUCAAGUAUGUUCGAGUGCUGCUCCCGUGAACCUAGAUUGCUAUAACGUUGGAUACAACUUAUUUCCCGGCAAUAUCCUAUUUGUUUGUACAUCUUUUAAUGAUUCCACAGCAACAAAUCUCUUGGACUUUGUGGAAGUUUUGCAAUUAAGUCUAGCAGAAAUGAAGACAAUUUUGAUCCAAGAAAAAUAA